UUCUCGCUCUCGGAAAUUCCUUCUCGUGAGAAUUUCCACACUUUCUCGGGAACGUUCUCUUAAAAGGAAAUUUCUGAGAAAGUAUAUGGAAUAACAACAAAGUUGAGGUUUUUAUUGUAUUUCUAUUUUUAAUUAAGUAGUUACCAGAUUUCGGCAACACCGUUUCAUAAAAAACUAAAUUACAAGGGCUACUUUCUCAACUUUCUCAAGAAACUGCCGAGAAUGUUCUCGGGAAUGUUCUCGGUGAGAACGUACUGCCUACACUUUUCAGGGCAAAAUAGUUCAGAGAUAAAGUUUGAAACUAAUAAUUUACUUUUCAUUAUACGUAGGUACGCCUUUAGAGUAGAAUUGUUAUUUUCUUACAAAGCAAGAUUUUGUUAUUACAUAUUACUCUUAAUGACACAUGGUAUAAAAAAGGCAACUGUAUGUGGCAUUAAGAUUUAAACAUUAUUUUAUUUGAUUACAUCGAUUAAGCAUGCAGUAGGUACCUAUAAUACAAAAAAAAUCUAACUGUUUUUUACUUCCAUGGUCGACGAGUUAUUUUUGAUACAAACAUUAUGGUAUUUAUUUCAACUUGCUUUUAAGUCUAAAUAGGAAUAUUUACACAUACUUAAAGUAACCUUUACAUCAGGUACCUAAGAAUAGAUAAGCCCACUACUGUUUUAAAUAACAUGACAAAAUUUUAGUAUCUGUUAUCAACAAUUUUUAUUACUUUGCCAUCGAGGAACUCAGGUAAUUUUAAGACAAAGAAGUCCCUUAAACCACACGUGGGUUAGAUAUUGAUAAAGAUACUCGGACAUUUCAGCGACGGCCCCACUCUGUUAAACCUCAUUAGGAUUGUUCCCUUAGGAUUAAGUUUAGCCACAUUUUACUUAGUGUCAUCAAAGCUCACACACCGAACAGUAUUAUAUGUAACAUGGUAUUCGUGUUUGUUACCAACAAUGAAGAAAAGCAAAGUGUUUGACUAUUUCAGAAAGUUAACAGACAAUGACCGUGAUAAAUAUGUGUGUUUAUUUUGUGACGCAAUUUAUAUGUGCAGAAAUGCGACAAGAUUCGCGCGGCAUAUAGUUUUUAGCUGCAAAAAUAGCCCCGUUGAAGUUAAACGUGAUUUGGAACCACAAAAACUCGAUAAAGCUGCCCCCAACCAGAAUAAUUCAACUUCUUCCGAAGAGCUUAUUGAGGAAAACAGUGAAAGUGAAAUAUUCAACGAGAAAGAAGUUCACAAAGCUUUAGCUAGAGCAGUUUAUGUGACUGGCCAACCGCUUUCCAUAUUUGAACAUCCUUUGUGGAAACAAGCGCUUCAACUUCUAAAGCCAGAUUUUAACCCGCCUUCUCGGAAAAUGCUUUCGACUGUACUUCUUGAAGAAGAAUACGAAGACGUCAAACAAAAAGUCACAGAGAAAAUUAAAGACGCGAAUGUAUUGCAUUUAGCAGCAGAUGGUUGGACGAAUGUAAGAAAAGAUUCAAUAAUCAACAUUAUUAUUUACACACCGAAGCCAUAUUUUCACUCAUCGAUCGAUACCCAGAAUAAUAGGCACACGGCAGAGUACAUGUCUGAAAGGAUAAGCCAAACCAUGGACGAAAUCGGAUCUUCAAAGUUUCUUGGUAUUAUCACUGACAAUGCUGCUAACAUGAAGAAAUGCGGAAAGUUGUUGACUGACCAGUAUGAAAACACUACUUGGGUGGGAUGUCUGGCCCAUACCCUGAACUUGUUGAUAGGUGAUGUGCUAAAAAUUGAUACAGUUCAAGAAACCUUCAAAUCUGUUAUCGCAAUUGUAAAAUCAGUUUUACAAUCAAAUAUCAACAACGCAGAAUUUUAAAAGAUCGCAUUGGAAAAAUCACUGAAUGUCACCCUGUUGUAUCCCGUCAAAACGAGGUGGGGUAGCUAUCUGCAUUGUCUAGAAAACUUUCUAAAAUCAAAAUGCAUACUUCAGUCGAUGGUUGUCAAUGAAGAGAACCGAGACCUACAGAAACAUAAAUUGAUAUUACUGAGCAAUAUGGCAAGA